UAUCCAAAGCGUCUUUCCGACCGCAGCCAUAGAGCUCCAGUCGCUCAAGGUGUAUUUCGCUUCUAUCUUUUCCAUCACUUCUCUCGUUUCUCGUCAAGAUGUCAACCCACAAGAAGAAGACUAGAAAACUACGUGGACAUGUGAGCCACGGUCACGGCCGCGUUGGCAAACACAGGAAACAUCCCGGUGGUCGCGGUAAUGCUGGAGGUUUGCACCACCAUCGAAUUAAUUUUGACAAGUAUCAUCCUGGAUAUUUUGGAAAGCUUGGUAUGAGGAAUUAUCACCUGCGUCGAAAUACUAAAUGGUGCCCAACUAUAAAUCUAGACAAAUUGUGGACCCUUGUCUCUGAACAAACGAGACUGAAAUAUAAAGAUGUCGAGGGCAAAGCACCUGUUAUUGAUCUUGUAAAAGCGGGAUAUUACAAAUUAUUGGGAAAAGGACGCCUCCCUAAGCAGCCUGUCAUAGUUAAGGCGAAAUUUUUCAGCAAACAGGCGGAAGACAAGAUCAAGGCGGUUGGUGGCGCGUGCGUCUUGUGCGCAUAAUCAUUGAGACAGUGUUCAUUUCCAUAAGUUUACUCUUGUCGACUCAAAUAUUAAAACUUUAUAAGGAUGUAAAAAAAAGAGACGUGAGAAGAUUAAGAAUAAUUUAUGGAAACGAAUGUAUUUCAAUGAUAAAUAAAAAUUUUUCAAAACA